AUGUCCAGGUUUUACCUGUCCUUCGAGAACUCUUUCUGCCAGAGCUAUGUGUCUGAGAAGUAUUUCAAGCUGUUUGAAAACGUGGAUGUCAUCCCUGUAGUGCGAGGAGGGCUGGACUAUAAGCGAUACCUGGCCAGGGGCUCCUUCAUUGAUGCCUCGGACUUUCAGAGUGCUCAAGACUUGGCGAGAUAUCUUCUGUACCUGAGCAAACACCGGAAGAGAUACACCCGCAUGCUGGAGCUCAAGGAUAGAUGGACGGCUCACAAUGUUGAACCUUUCCACUGCCGUAUGUGUGAGAGGCUGCACACUGACCUCUCCCCCGGACACUUCACCAACCUGAAAGAAGCUCUCCAGCCGGACGGGGAAUGUUGGCCUCCCGAUGAUCUCGGGGACGCCGGACCAGGGACAACUUGAUGUCACUCGGAGCUUAGUAGAUUAGUUUUGUUUUUCCUUAUUGUUGUUAUUGUGGUUGUUUUGAGGUUUGGGUU